AUGAAGGUCCUCGCUGUGCUGUACAAGGGCGGCCAAGCCGCUUCGGAGGAGCCCCGUCUACUCGGCACCAUCGAGAACAAGCUCGGCAUCGCGGAUUGGAUCAAGGAGCAGGGUCACGAGCUUAUCGUCACCGACGACAAGGAGGGGCCGGACUCGGUCUUCCAGAAGGAGCUCCCCGACACAGAGAUCCUCAUCACCACCCCCUUCCACCCCGGCUACCUCACCGCCGACCUCAUCGCCAAGGCCAAGAAGCUCAAGCUUUGUGUUACCGCCGGUGUCGGGUCUGACCACGUCGACCUCAACGCGGCCAACGAGCGCAAGAUCACCGUCGCCGAGGUUUCCGGUUCCAACGUGGUCUCGGUCGCUGAGCAUGUUGUGCUCACCAUCCUCAACCUCGUCCGCAACUACACCCCCGCUCACGAGCAAAUCGUUGCCGGCAAGUGGAAUGUCGCUGCCGUCGCUCGCGACUCAUUCGAUGUCGAAGGCAAGGUCAUCGGAACCGUCGGUGUCGGUCGUAUCGGUUACCGAGUCCUUCAGCGUCUUCAGGGCUUCGACUGCAAGGAGCUUCUUUACUACGACUAUGCGGAGCUCCCGGCGGAGGCUGCCAAGGCGAUCAAGGCGAGGCGGGUCGAGUCUCUGGAGGAGAUGCUCGCGCAGUGCGACCUGGUCACUAUCAACUGCCCCCUCCACGAAGGCACCAAGGGUCUCUUCAACGCCGAGCUCAUCAGCAAGAUGAAGAAGGGCUCCUGGCUCGUCAACACCGCCCGUGGCGCCAUCUGCGAGCGUCAAGCCGUCGCCGACGCCGUCUCUAGCGGCCACCUUCUCGGCUAUGGAGGGGACGUCUGGGACGUGCAACCUGCGCCCGAGGACCACGUCUGGCGGACCAUGCGCAACCCCAACGGCGGAGGCCAAUGCAUGGUCCCGCACAUGUCCGGUACAACGCUUGAUGCCCAGAAACGGUACGCCGAAGGCACGAAGGACAUCAUCAAGCGCUACCUCGCGGGCGAGAAGCAGGACCCGGGAAACCUCAUCGUGGAGAACGGCGAGUAUGCUAGCAAGGCGUAUGGUCAGAGGAAGGAGAACGCCACGGGCCAGAAGCCUCCAGGGCCUUAG